AUGGAAGUCAAUAUUGGACCAGUGAUCGAGCCCAUGCAUGCGAAAGCAGACACACUCGAAGGAGAGGUCAUAAAACAGGCAAACGAAUGUGACACAUGUAUGGAAAACCAACCCACCGAGAAUAUUAAGACUGAAGUCGCACCACACCCCGCAGAACGCCGAGAGGAACCGGACGACACCACCUGCCAAGCCGAGGACGUCAUCCAUGGCAUAGAGGGACAGCCCGUACCACCGCGCGCAGAACGCCAAGAGGAGCCGGACGACAUCGCCCGCCAAGCUGAGGACGUCAUUCAUGGCAUAGAGGGACAGCUCGGGGGGGGUGGGGGGUGGGGGGGGGGGGGGGGGGGGGGGUGGGGGUGGGGGGGGGGUGGGGGUGGGGGGGGGGGUGGGUGGGGGGGGGGGUGGGGGUGUGGGGGGGGGGGGGGGUGUGGGUGGGGGGGGGGGGGGUGUGGGGGUGGGGGGGGGGGGGGGGUGGGGGGGGGGGGGGGGGGGGGGGGGGGGGGGGGUGGGGGGGGGGGGGGGGUGUGUGGGGGGGGGGGGGGUGGGGGUGGGGGGGGGGGGGGGGGGGGGGGGGGUGGGUGUGGGGGUGGGGGGGGGGGGGGGGGGGGGGUGGGGGGGGGGGGGGGGGGGUGGGGUGGGGGGGGGGGGGUGUGUGGGGGGGGGUGGGGGGGGGGGGGUGGGGUGGGGGGGGGGGUGUGUGGGGGGGGGGGUGGGGGGGUGUGGGGGGGGGGGGGGGGGGUGGGGGGUGGGGGGGGGGGUGUGUGGGGGGGGGGGGGUGGGGGGGGGGGGGUGUGGGUGUAUUGUUUGUAUGUUGUUCAUCAAUCCAUGUAUGUUAGAUCGCAUACUGGAGAAAUAUUACUAACUUCCAGCAUCACGCGAUAA